GCCAUGUUUCAAAACUGAGCUUUUCUUUGUAGACUUUCAUGGUUCCCUCAUGAUGAAUCCUAAUGGCUUUGGUAGUAACUUUUCCUGCAGUCCCACCAUGAUGCAGCUUUUUGUAGUUUUUAGUAAAAUGUUUUCUAUUUUAAAGAGUUAAAGUUCAGUUGAAUUGUAAUAAUUCUGAUGAUGCACUGACUUUUCAUCUGGCAUCAUCAUCGGGUCGAAUUUUAAAUGUGUCCAAUACUUUGGUUUGUGUUGUUUGUGUUUGUGUUGUCAUGUUAGCAUGUGAAUGUUAGCUUUUAACUGAACUGCUAUGCUAUAGUACCACCAGCUGUACAUGUACAGACUCUUUCAUAUUGUUUUCAUAUCUGAUUCUGAAGAUGGCAAAUGUUUGUUUGGCAAUGUUUAGCUCUAGUUUCUAGUAUGGCCUGUGUGGUAUGCCACUGAGUGAAACCUGAGAACAAUGAGGAAACCAGCCUGUAUAUUUCAGCCAACUUUGUGACCUCUGUUGUAUUACACACUCACAGACAUACACUGUCAUAAUUACUAAGGUUUAAAAUGGACCGAAACCAAAACUCACAGGUGAGAAUGAAUCUGACGAUCCUUGGGACUGGACCAGAACAAACUCAACCCAAACCUCAGGAGAGGGAGCAGUGGGCCAAUAAGCUGGAGUUCAUCCUGGCAGUGGCCGGACACAUUGUUGGUCUGGGAAACGUCUGGAGAUUUCCAUACCUUUGUUACAAAAACGGAGGAGGGGCUUUCUUCAUCCCUUAUGUUUUGUUCUUGUUCACCUGUGGCAUCCCACUCUUCUUCCUGGAGACAUCUUUGGGCCAAUACACCAGCCAGGGUGGAAUAACAUGUUGGAGAAAAAUCUGCCCUCUUUUUGAAGGUUUAGGUUAUGGAAGCCAGGUGGUUGUUCUGUACACAGGGGUGUAUUACAUCAUCAUACUGGCUUGGACGUUUCUCUACCUGUUUCAUUCCUUCAAGUCUGAGCUUCCGUGGGCGAGCUGCCGCAACAGCUGGAACACAGAUGGCUGUUUUGAGCACAGUCACAACCAAACAUCCCCUCUGCACCUGUAUGGAGAGAGUACAUCUUCAGUUGUUGAAUUUUGGGAGAGGAGAAUCUUGGGCCUGUCCAGUGGAAUUGAGAAAAUUGGAAAUAUUCGUUGGGACUUGGCCCUCUGUCUACUUCUUGCCUGGAUAUUGUGCUACUUCUGUGUCUGGAACGGAGUGAAGACUACAGGAAAGGUGGUCUACUUCACUGCCACGUUUCCGUAUGUAAUGCUGGUGGUGUUGCUUGUUCGAGGUCUUACAUUACCAGGGGCCAAAGAUGGGAUUAUGUUCUACCUCUACCCAGACCCAUCACGCCUCACUGAUCCAGAGGUAUGGAUGGACGCUGGCAGCCAAAUUUUCUACUCCUAUGGAGUUUGUACAGGUGUUCUGACAUCUUUAGGAAGUUACAACAAGUACAGCAACAACUGCUACAGGGACUGUGUUUACCUGUGCCUGUUGAACAGCUUGACCAGCUUCGUAGCUGGCUUCGCCAUCUUCUCUGUGCUGGGAUUCAUGGCAAAAGAGCAAGGUGUGGAUAUAUCGAUGGUGGCUGAAUCAGGUCCAGGUUUGGCAUUUAUUGCCUAUCCUCGAGCUGUGGCUCUAAUGCCACUUCCUCAGCUCUGGGCUGUUGCCUUUUUCAUUAUGAUCAUCUUCCUAGGAUUAGACAGCGAGUUUGUUUAUCAAGAGGCGCUGGUCACAACCAUCUCCGACAUGUAUCCCUCAUUCUUUCAAGGCAAUUGUCGCCGUAAACUACUUCUUCUUGCCAUUAGUGCAGCAAGUUUCUUUGUUGGCCUCUUGAUGGUUACAGAGGGAGGUCUUUAUAUUUUCCAGCUGUUUGACCACUAUGCCUGCAGUGGGAUGACACUGCUACUUUUUGCUAUUCUUCAGUCUCUCUGUAUUGGAUGGGUGUAUGGUGCAGAUCGUCAAUAUGAUAAUAUAAAGGACAUGAUUGGAUAUCGACCGUGGCCUUUUAUGAAAUAUUGUUGGCAGUACUUCACGCCAGCUAUCUGCACUUGCACAUUAUUGUUCUCUGUGAUAAAAUAUACUCCACUCAAAUUCAACCAAACUUACGAAUACCCCUGGUGGGGCUACACCCUUGGAGGAUUUUUUACUCUCUCAUCAACACUCAUGGUUCCUCUAUGGAUGCUAUAUUCUGUGAGUGUCACUCCAGGAACCCUGAAACAGAGACUGAAAGUUCUGUGCACUCCAGCAAAGGACUUACCCACUGCAGUGUUAAAGAAAGCAUCAAAUCAUGAAGCAUUUCAGACUUUCACAAGCUUGCACACUUUACGCAAGACAGAAAACCCUGAGAACGGAGAGAACAGAUCUCAGAGAACUUCUUUUAUUUAAACUGCAAGAGAAAAACAGAACGGCAAAGAAAAGAAAGAUCUUUCAGCUGUUAAAAUGUUUCAGACAACAAUUUAUGUCACAGAAGAUUUUAAAAAUCAAACUGUAAAAAUUUUUAAAAAAUAUGUAUUUAUGUUUUAGGAAGGAAAAAAUGUUUUUCCUUUGAUUAUAAACUGUAUUAUAUACAGUAUUUCUUGUGUACACCAGUUGGCAGUAUGUAAAACAAUGUAUUUUGGUGAGAUUAUAUUAAUAUCAAUUACUUAAUACCUAUUAUGAUCAUUACCAGGUAACAAACAUAAGGUGUUUAAGACCCUGGUUAACAAUAUUAAUAUUCUAAAUAAGUUUUGGUGCCAUUAAUGUUUAUAUUAAGAUAAACUUUAAAAUAAAAUUAAGAGUGCUUAGUGCAUAUUUAUAGGGUGCAUUAGUAUUCUAAUUUUAGAAUAAACAAAAAGCUUGAGAAAAAGCAAAAUAGUGAUAUACUUCAUGUAAAUACAUUGGGAAAAACGAGUAUACAAAACAGGUAAUAAGGUAGAGUGACAAAGGAGGUUGCGCACUUUACAAUGCACCUGUAAUGUAGCUUUCAGAGGUAUAACAGACCACACCUGUGUGUCUUGGGCAUGUGAAACUGUAUGAAAACUGGAUAUACAGGCUGUAAUUCAACACAUUACAGAGUAAUUACAGAGAAAUAUAAACCGUUCAGCCGUGCUUCGCUUUAAUUAUAGUGUAAGUACAGAUAAUGUGGGACAUAUCUCUGUUACUCCUUAUCAACCUGCGCACAGUCCUCAUGUAGAAAAUCUGUUUCUGUUCCCAUACUGAAGCUGAAACCAGUACGAGACCAGAGGCUUUUGCUGUGAAAACGAAAAACCUGUCAAUAACCUGUCUGAUGAAAACUUUUUAAAACUUCUUUUAAACCACUUUUUUCAAAUGGCUAACUUCUUAUCUUAUUUGAACUUAACUCAGUUGUUUUAUAUUUGGUUUUUGAAAAGCACUUUGGUGGUCAAUGAUUUUGACAAGUGCUCUAAAUAAACUUAAUCCUCUAACUUUAGUGGAGGGAAAGUGCCACAAAUGAUUUGACUCCUUUAUUGUUUAUGAAAUAACUAU